AUGGCUGUCAAAAAGAAGAGGAAGUUGGCGGAUGAGAAGCGUAUGGCUCCGAAGGACAGUGAGCCCCGGGACCUCCGCACGGCCAACCGUCUCGAGGAGGUGGUGGCCGCGGUCAGCAUCAAGCCUGAAUGGAAGACCCAGGACAAGCUCUUCCGACCUCCGCAGGAGAAGCUCCAGAUCUGCGAGGACCUCGCCCGGCUCCACACCAGCAGCCGUGAGCACAAACAGGCACUCCGGGAGCUGGUGCGCUGCGUGGCCCUGGCCAGAAUCUGCUAUGGGGACACUCACUGGAAGCUGGCGGAGGCACACCGGAAUCUAGCGCGAGGCUACCUGCGGCUGCCAGGACUGUGGCUUCAGGCACAGCAGCAUGUAGACAAGGCCAAGGAGAUCCUGGGCAGUGCCGUUUCGGCCCCACAUGGUGACACGGAUCUGUUCCGCUGCUCCGUGGGACUCUUCCACACUGCUGCCUGCGCCCUGCUUGGCCUGCACAAAUAUCCUGACGCAGCCGAGAAUCUGAGCAAGGCUGAGCGACUGUCUUGGGAGCUGCUGCAGAGCGGACGGAUCCCCAGGGAAGAGUGGGUGGACACCAAGUGGCGCAUCAACCUGGCAUCGGCACAGAUCUCUCAAGGCCAGAAAAGAUGGAAAGAGGCGCUGGCACAGUACCAGGAAGCCCUGGAGUCUGCGGAAAAGAGUCAGGGGGAGCAAAGCCCCAAGUGCAUCCCGAUCCUCAAGGAGCUGGCAGGGGUGGAGCGGGCACUGGGGCAGGACGCUGAGGCCCUGCAGCACCUUCUCCAGGCUCACACCAUUGUCCUGAGCAACAGGCCCUCGGCGGAAGACGCAGCUGUCUCUGCGCACUGCGUGGCACACGCCGCAGCCAGCUUGGGCACGCCUGAGCACCACGGGGUAGCUGAGCAGUUUUUCCAGGAGAGCUUGGCCCGUCUCCAGAACACCAGCGUGGGCAGCAGGACUCGGUUCCUCUCGGUCCUGGAGGAAUAUUGCCAGUUUCUACGAGUCACCGGGCAGCAGGAGAAAGCCUUGGCCGUCCUGCAGGGGUCCCUCGAGGCCAAGGAGCAUGCGUUGGGGGACCUCAGCCCAGAGGCGGCCGAGACCUGCCGAGUCCUGAGCGGGGCCAACCUGGCUCUGAAGAAGUCUGUGGGCACGCACCCGAAGCUGGAGAAGGUGAAGUGAAGGGGUGCCCCACUCCCACGCGCUUCUUUCCUGCAGUCCUCUGAAACAGAGCCUUGUGGCCAGUCGGCACGACAGCCACCGUGUGUUGCCCUGGGCUCAGGGUCCUUGGUCUUUUAAAUAAAUGUUUUCUGACCAUG